AUUAAUUUGAUAGAUCUGACUUGAUUGUUGUGUUGGUUGAAGGAAGAGACACGGGCGAGGAAGAAGCAGAAAAAUAACUUGUUUGUAAAAAGGACAGCACGUAUUUUUUCUCAAAUGUAUGUCAGUUUCAAGAAAGAUGAGAGGUUUUAUGCAUGACGUGCAAAAUAUCUUGGAACCCUUCAAAAAAGAAAAGCAGGUACAGCUUAGCACUGUGAAUGACCCGCUACUGAUGCCCCAACGGUCUGAAUGGAGUUGCAGUUGCAGAAAAGCCAACGGUUGUAGCUCCCUCAGCAGGAUGCUGAUGAGACCGAGUAUACUUCUGAGUCUGGUUUUACUCUCCCAAGUUUUACGGACGGAGUGCCGGCCUGCCAACACUGAUGAAGCAAUGGCUCCACAAUGGGCUCAUCCUGAGAAAAUGGAGACAAAGCUUCACGCUGUCCCAGCCAGUAAGACGGUGAAGUUUCGGUGCCAGGCUAGCGGAAACCCAAAUCCCACCCUGAAAUGGUACAAGAAUGGCAGGGAGUUCAAGAGAGACCAUCGCAUCAGGGGCUUCAAGGUCCGGGAUCAUGUGUGGACCAUCAUCAUGGAAUCGGUAGUUCCCUCUGAUAAGGGAAACUACACCUGUGUGGUGGAGAACCAGUACGGCAGCAUCAAUCACACCUACCAGCUCGACGUAGUGGAGCGCUCUCCCCACAGGCCCAUCCUGCAGGCCGGCCUGCCCGCCAACCGCACCGCCGUGGUGGGCAGCGACGUGGAGUUUGAGUGCAAAGUGUUCAGCGAGCCUCAGCCUCACAUCCAGUGGCUGAAGCACAUCGAGGUGAACGGGAGCAGAGUCGGUUCUGAUGGAUUACCGUAUGUCCGUGUGCUCAAGACUGCUGGCCUUAACACCAUGGAUAAGGAAAUGGAAAUCCUCCAACUGAGAAAAGUGUCUUUUGAUGACGCUGGGGAGUACACCUGCUUGGCGGGCAAUUCUAUCGGGAUCUCUCAUCAAUCUGCAUGGUUGACCGUUGUUGAAGCAAUGGCUCCACAAUGGGCUCAUCCUGAGAGAAUGGAGAAAAAGCUUCACGCUGUCCCAGCCAGUAAGACGGUGAAGUUUCGGUGCCAGGCUAGCGGAAACCCAAAUCCCACCCUGAAAUGGUACAAGAAUGGCAGGGAGUUCAAGAGAGACCAUCGCAUCAGGGGCUUCAAGGUCCGGGAUCAUGUGUGGACCAUCAUCAUGGAAUCGUUAGUUCCCUCUGAUAAGGGAAACUACACCUGUGUGGUGGAGAACCAGUACGGCAGCAUCAAUCACACCUACCAGCUCAACGUAGUGGAGCGCUCUCCCCACAGGCCCAUCCUGCAGGCCGGCCUGCCCGCCGACCGCACCGCCGUGGUGGGCAGCGACGUGAAGUUUGAGUGCAAAGUGUUCAGCGACCCUCAGCCUCACAUCCAGUGGCUGAAGUACAUCGAGGUGAACGGGAGCAGAGUCGGUUCUGAUGGAUUACCGUAUGUCCGUGUGCUCAAGACUGCUGGCCUUAACACCACGGAUAAGGAAAUGGAAAUCCUCCAACUGAGAAAAGUGUCUUUUGAUGACGCUGGGGAGUACACCUGCUUGGCUGGCAAUUCUAUCGGGUUCUCUCAUCACUCUGCAUGGUUGACCGUUGUUGAAGCAAUGGCUCCACAAUGGGCUCAUCCUGAGAAAAUGGAGAAAAAGCUUCACGCUGUCCCAGCCAGUAAGACGGUGAAGUUUCGGUGCCAGGCUAGCGGAAACCCAAAUCCCACCCUGAAAUGGUACAAGAAUGGCAGGGAGUUCAAGAGAGACCAUCGCAUCGGGGGCUUCAAGGUCCGGGAUCAUGUGUGGACCAUCAUCAUGGAAUCGGUAGUUCCCUCUGAUAAGGGAAACUACACCUGUGUGGUGGAGAACCAGUACGGCAGCAUCAAUCACACCUACCAGCUCGACGUAGUGGAGCGCUCUCCCCACAGGCCCAUCCUGCAGGCCGGCCUGCCCGCCAACCGCACCGCCGUGGUGGGCAGCGACGUGGAGUUUGAGUGCAAAGUGUUCAGCGACCCUCAGCCUCACAUCCAGUGGCUGAAGCACAUCGAGGUGAACGGGAGCAGAGUCGGUUCUGAUGGAUUACCGUAUGUCCGUGUGCUCAAGCAUUCUGGGGUCAAUAGCUCGGACGCUCAGGUGCUGGCCCUCUACAAUGUGACUGAGGAGGAGAGCGGAGAGUAUAUUUGUAAAGUGUCCAAUUAUAUAGGAGAGGCCAAUCAGUCGGCCUGGCUGACUGUCACCAGAUAUGAGCCCACAGCUGUCCCGCACUAUCCUCCAGCAAACCAUACCUACCUGGAGGUGGUCAUCUACUGUGUGGGCUUCUUCUUCAUCGCUGUCAUGAUUGCCAUCGCAAUCAUUGUCAAGAUCCGCACCUCCUCAAAGAAGAGCGACUUCAACAGUCAGCUGGCCGUCCACAAGCUGGCCAAAAGCAUCCCACUGCGCAGACAGGUAACAGUGUCUGUGGACUCGAGCUCCUCCAUCCACUCUGGAGUGAUGCUGGUUCGUCCCUCCCGCCUCUCCUCCUGUGGAUCCCCCAUGCUGCCCGGGGUGUCAGAGUACGAGCUGCCCCAGGACCCUCGCUGGGAGCUUCUGCGGGAUAGACUUGUUCUUGGGAAGCCUCUGGGUGAAGGCUGCUUCGGUCAGGUGGUGAUGGGAGAGGCGCUCGGUCUGGACAAAGAAAAGCCAAACCGUCAGACCAAGGUUGCGGUCAAAAUGUUGAAAUCUGACGCCACAGAGAAAGACCUGUCAGACCUGAUUUCAGAGAUGGAGAUGAUGAAGAUCAUUGGGAAGCACAAGAACAUCAUUAAUCUGCUGGGAGCCUGCACCCAGGAUGGUCCUCUGUACGUGAUAGUAGAGUAUGCGUCCAAGGGCAACCUGCGGGAGUACUUGCGAGCUCGGCGCCCGCCAGGCAUGGAGUACUGCUACAACCCAGACCAGGUCCCUGUGGAGAACAUGGCCAUCAAAGACCUGGUGUCCUGUGCCUACCAAGUGGCCCGAGGCAUGGAGUAUCUGUCCUCUAAAAAGUGUAUCCACAGAGAUCUUGCAGCUCGCAAUGUUUUGGUAACGGAGGAUAGCGUGAUGAAAAUAGCUGACUUCGGCCUGGCAAGAGAUAUCCACCACAUUGAUUACUAUAAGAAGACCACCAAUGGUCGUUUACCAGUCAAGUGGAUGGCUCCCGAGGCUCUGUUUGACAGAAUAUACACAAACCAGAGUGAUGUCUGGUCAUUUGGGGUGCUGCUUUGGGAGAUCUUCACCCUGGGGGGCUCUCCAUACCCCGGGGUCCCAGUGGAGGAGCUGUUCAAGCUGCUGAAGGAUGGCCACCGUAUGGACCAGCCCUCAACGUGCACUCAUGAAAUGUAUAUGAUGAUGAGGGACUGCUGGAAUGCCGUGCCCUCUCACAGACCAACAUUCAAACAGCUGGUGGAGGACCUGGAUCGCUGCUUGGCCAUGACCGCCAACCAGGAGUAUCUGGAGCUGUCUCCGCCUCUGGACCAAUAUUCCCCCAGCUACCCGGACACCCGCAGCUCCACCUGCUCCUCGGGCGAGGACUCUGUCUUCUCCCACGAUGCCGGUGCUGAGGAGCCCUGUCUGCCAAAGUUCCCUCCCCACCCGAACGGGGCAGCCAUUAAGAAACGCUGAUACCUCAAACCUCCAUUCAGACAAACAUUGACAUUUCCUCCGCUCCCUGCCUCAUGGGGUUGGACUCUUCCCCACAUUUCCAGAGAGGAAGCUAAAAAAAAAAACUCAGUGCUCUGUGAGAAAGGAGCUCGGAGAGAGACGCCUAGUAGAACUUGUUGGAUCACACGGACUGAGGAGUGCAGCCGUUUUCCGGGUCUUGGUGGUGACGAUGUUUAUGGGGCACUUCGUAUUAACGGGACAGGCAGUUUGUCACAGUGCCAGGAAAAAAAAAAGAUAAGACUCACACUCUUCUCUCCACUUUGGGCAUUCGACGGGUCAGGUGAAUCGAAAGGACUGACUAUGAUUUCGAUUUUGUUAGUUUUGUUGUUUUUUUUCUCCCCUCAAUGGUUGUUUCAUCAGUAGUAGAGGACAAUAUUCUGCUUCUCAGACCAAAUCCAGAGAAUAUACUACCAAGGGACAUGCAGCACCGUGGUCCUCUGCAUCAUUCAUUAUCUUCUUGUAAAUACAGUUAGAAAAUUAUAAAUAUGAAUAUAUAUUUACAUUGUACUCUUAUUUUUAUUACCAUCAUUGAUUUAUUUCUUUUGUACAAGGUUUGAUCCAUUUUUUAAUAUAGUCUGUAGGGGAAGUUGUUACAGGAGAAUAUCUUUAAAUUGCUGAGGAUUACAUGGCCAGUUUUUUUGCUGUAUCACAGCGUUGAUUCCCCUAAAUUUACUGCAUAAUCAUCAAUGGAGAAAAUAUAUAUUGGGUUUUCUAUUUUUUAACUGUAAGUGCUUUUCAUAACACAAACCUGCAAUACAGUGUAACUCAGUGUUUGGGGUUUCUCUCCAUCAGAAGAGAUAGAUUUAUAAUAUCUGUUUGUGUGUGUGUGUGUGUGUGUGUGUGUGUGUGUGUGUGUGUGUGUGACUGUCUGUGUGUAUGCUGGAUGUGUGUAGAAAAUUGUAUCUUGUCUCAUUCAAAAAUUGUUCAUUAACUUCGAGGAUGGUCACAACUGUAAAUAUUCCUGGUUGUACGCCAUGCUUGUUACAAUCCAGAGUAAUUAGCUUCAGUCAACAUCAUGCACUUCCACUGUGCAUGCCUUCCAUGUGAUGAACUUAUUUUCUACUGUAAAUGCUUUAACAGGAGUUACAUUUGCUGCCAUAUAACUUCUGACGAAGGGUUGCAGAACACGUAUGUCAUCGUAAAAGGAUUACAUUAAAUAAAAAUGCUAUCGAAAAACAAA